CAUGCUUUUCUCCUUGUUUCAGGAGACUCUGUCACGUUCAGUCUAUCGGGUUCAAAAAGCUCAGACUUUACUAUACAUGCAUCCAGCGGAGUUGUCACGCUCACUGACGCACUUAACUACGAGGUUACCUCAUCCUACUCACUCACAGUCACAGCGUCUGAUAGCAACGGUGGUGUCACGCAAACUUCACUUACUGUUACGGUAACGAAUGCCAAUGAUGCCCCAGUCUCCGUCGGUAAUCCAUACUCGGCGACCAUCGCGGAAGACGAACCCAGCGGUACAAAUGUUUUAAAGACGGCUGCUUCGGAUGAAGAUGGUCAUGGCAUUUUAUUUAGCUUGUCGGGGAGUUCCGAUUUCGAGAUCCUUAACUCAGGAAUGAUUCGGAUCAAGGCAGGGGUUAGCUUAGAUUACGAAAUUCAAGACAGUUACAACUUAACGGUGACUUUUUCCGACGGUGUAGCAAGUGCUUCCGAGCUAGUUGCGAUAACUGUGACGAACAAAAACGACGCACCUACCUUGCCAAGUUCUCCGUACUCCACGAGCGUUUCCGAAGAUGUGUCCGUGGGAGCGAGUGUUUACGACAUAGAUGCAAGUGACCAGGACGGUGAUUCGUCAACAUAUACGCUGUCGGGAACUGGUGUAACGCACUUUACGAUCGAUUCCAAUACUGGGAUUGUAACAACCACCCAGGCGUUGGAUUACGAAGAUACGACCUCUUAUUUCGUGACCGGUGAGUAA